AUGAUGAUGGUCCUUCUAGUCAUCGUUCUCCUGAUCUCGGCCUACCUUUUCUAUCACCUUUAUUACAAGCGGAUUGGGCUUCCGCCAGGUCCAAUGCCAUAUCCAAAAGUUGGGAAUACAAUGGAUAUGGUCGGGGAAAAAGAACCGGAAAAGAUUUUUGAUGAAUAUAAAGCCAAAUAUGGAAGUGUGGUUACAUUUUGGAUUGGAAAUACCCCAAUGAUCCUGCUGAAUACAAAGGAAUUGGCCGAUGAAUAUAUGAUAAGACAAGGCGACAUUUUUGUGGAUCGGAUUGCACUGGAUCCAGUAAUGAAAAUAAUCCGAGGAGGAGAGAGUGGACUCAUCAAUAUGUCUGGGGAUUUGUGGAGAAAUCAACGGAGGUUUGCCUUGAAAGUGAUGAGGGAUUUUGGACUGGGAAAAAGCGGAAUGGAAGAGAGGGUACGUUAAAGAAUCACGUGUUGGAUACACCAAUUAAAUUUGCAGUUACUGUCUGAAGCUUUAUUCAUCUGCGAAAAAGUUAACAAAGAUAUUGAUGCGGGUCUUGAAGACAUUGACUUGAAAAAAUACCUUGAUCUGGCAACUGGCUCUGUCAUCAAUACGGUGGUUUGUGGGGAAAGCUUUACAGCGCUAGUAAGUUUCUUUUAGAACCUCUCCAAAGCUUUAGCAAGAGUCCAUCCUCUCAUUAAUGGUAUGACUUUCAGAAUAAAGAAGACGAUUUCUAUAAGAUUCAAGACAUCAUGAAUAUCGUCAACAAUGGUGGCGACGACCAGUUCGCCAUGCUCCUUUUUCUCUUCCCAUUUCUGUUACAGGUUCCAUAUAUCAAUAAACGAGGACUUGCUUUGAUUGAGAAGAUCCAAGGCCUCCUGAAACACAUUGACAAACAAGUUGAUGACCAUCUUCAGAAGAAUAACUAUUCAGAUCAGUCAAUGGAACCGAGAGAUUUCAUCGAUGCUUUUAUGUUGGAAAAGGCCAGAUUGGAGGAAAAUGGGGAGGAUGCAGGCUACUUUACCAAAGAACAAUUGAGAGGAACGGCGAUCGAUCUAUGGUUUGCCGGGCAUGUAAGAAAACACUUUAAAUCACGAUGUAAGCCUCGUUGCAGGACACAACAAGUGCCACAAUGAGUUGGAUUGUGUCGUAUCUUUGCUACCAUCAAGAAAUUCAAAAUAAACUUCACGAUGAAAUCGACAGAGUGAUCUCAUCUGACCGUCAGAUUCGAACUUCUGAUCGUCCAGACCUCCCAUAUUUGCUGGCCUUUAUAACGGAGGUCCAAAGGUUGGCAAACAUAGUUCCGUUCAACGUCCCGCGUGUGACAACUGAGGACGUAAACAUUGAUGGAUUCCACAUUAAAAAAGGAACUGCAGUUUUGGCGCAGAUUGGCACAAUCAUGAGAGAUGAAAAGGUAACCCUUUGUGCCUUCGUCAAAUAAAUUUCGGAUCAGUUUUCUGUCAAAGGAAUUUAUAGAACUUCUCGUCGCCUUUCGAAUUCAAACCCGAGCGCUUUAUCGAUAAUAACGGAAAGUUUGUUGCCAAUUCAGCGGUACUACCAUUCUCAUUGGGAAGGAGAUCAUGCCUUGGAGAAGGUCUGGCGAGGAUGGAGCUGUAUCUAUUUACUGCCAACCUCCUGAAUCAAUUCAAAAUUCUGCCAGGAAAGACGCCACCAACACUGAAGAAAAUAAAACCAAGUUCAUUCCAUGCUGCUUUGUACACUUGUAAAAUGGAGAAGAGAUAUUAG